AUGGACAUUAAGAUCAUCCAAUUACACUUCCUGUCCUUGGGUAAUAAAUCAUCCUCAGUAAUGUUUUAUUUUGAAACUACUAGAAUUAGCAUCCCCAGGAUUUUGGAUAUUUGUUUGAUCACAGCAAGCUGUUAUCCACAAAAUCGACAACCGAUUCAUUUUAUUACACUUUCGAUUUUGUUUACCACUGUCACUGUAACUAUUUUAUUCACAUCAAUAUCUUAUACUACUACUACCAUUACUACUACUACUACAACUACUACUACUACUACUACUACUACUACUACUACGGACUAG